AUGCCGCUAGACACCGGCCAGCUCUCCGAAAAGGAACUCUCGGCAGCUCUCGUGAACGGCGACUGGACAGCGUUUGACAUUCAAACCGUCCGGAUGAUGAUUCGCAUGUUCGACUCUGAUCGCAGCGGCACCAUCAACUUUGAGGAGUUUUGCGGACUAUGGUCCUUCCUUGCCUCUUGGCGUACCCUGUUCGACCGCUUCGACGUCGAUCGCAGCGGCAACAUCUCUCUCCAGGAGUUCACCGAUGCCCUGAUCGCGUUCCGCUACCGCCUCAGCCCCCAGUUUGUCGAAUUGCUCUUCCGCACUUACGAUAAGCGCAACGAGGGCGUCAUGAGUUUCGAUCUGUUUGUGCAGAGCUGCAUCUCGCUCAAGCGCAUGACGGAUGUUUUCAAGAAGUACGACGACGACCGGGACGGCUUCAUCACGCUGAGUUUUGAGGACUUUUUGAGCGAAAUCUUGAGACAGCUCAAGUAG